AUGUAUCGACCAGCUCAGCAUUACACACCUGGGGCUGAAGACGGGAAACCGUACAAUUAUCCACCACCGCCGCCAAUCUCUGCCCAAGCACAGCAACCUAUGAUGAAUAUCCCUCCUCCGCCCCCUCGAACAAUAGCGCAGCCUUAUCAGUCCUCAGGUGUGAUGUUACCGCCUCCACCAGGCCCGCCCCCAUCAGCAGCCAACUGGAAGGGCAACAUGGGACGUCCAUAUGAUGCCAGAGGAUUUUCGACUCCUUCGGCACCUCCAAGUAAUUCUAAUCAAGCUUACAAUUUGGAACAAAAUUACCCUGCUCCGCCUCCAAUACCUCACCCGCCUGCAAACGAGCAGAUGUCAGCUACAUACAUUCCAGGUAGCGAUACUUUUGGCGCUGGAGUUGGUAUACCAGCAUUUACAAGUAGAAAUGAUGGGGUAGAAGCACCCAAAUACUCUAACCCAACAUCAAGGAACGCUUUUGACACAAAAUUCUCCAAUGCCACGGAGGAGGAGAGUACAGGAGGGUACUAUAAGACUCGAGAACAGUUAUACCAACAACAGGGUAGACAAAGCAAUGCACAAACUCCCAUAGAGUAUAGCUCAUCAAGUAAUACCCCGGGUGGCACACUUAAUUUUCAAUUGCUCAACAAAGGGCAACAAGUACCGGUAUCUCCAAUUGUUGAAGCUGGACCGCAAUGGACGAUGGAAAGGGUUUUAUUGUGGCUUUCUAGCAAUAAAUUCUCAAAGGACUGGCAAGAAACUUUCAAGACGCUCAAAAUUUACGGAACUGUCUUCUUAGAAUUAGGUACAGGCCAGGGUGGAAGAGGUAAUUUUGGCAUGAUGCACCAGCAAGUUUAUCCGCGACUGGCCAAAGAAUGCGCAAUGAGUGGGACUGGCUGGGAUCAAGCGCGUGAACGUGAAGAGGGAAGACGUAUGCGCCAUCUAAUAAAGAAUAUAGUCACAGGAAGGGCGCCUGAAUUCAAUAAAGUAACACAACGUUGCGAAGAGCCAGCUUCUAACACCUUUAACCUUACAUCGGAUCUAGCGGCGGAAUACGCGACAAGUGCUGGCCGGAAAAUACAUAACUCUACCCCAAUCACUGCAGACACUGAUGAUGAAAGUCCUGGAAGACAAAUAAUUGGCAAGCACGGAGUAUCUUUAAAUGACAGGGGAAUUCCAGGAAAACCUGCUUCCAAACCCAUAAUAUCUGGAAAUAUUACAACAGAAAUUGAUCCAAACUACAGCACUCCGAACCAGAAUACACAUCGUGCUGUGUUUGUAAAUAUUGAGGACAGAUACCGGCGCCAAAGCCCGACUUCAAGUGAGGUAGGUGAUGCAUCUUUCCGUGGCCCAGUUUUGCGCACGGAUGGAAGUCCCAAAAAUGGUAGCCCUGCAGCAGUUUCGUCGUUCCAGAGCAACAGUAAUUUAUCUCCUUCUCUGAGUAGUAAAGCUGGACAUCGUACAACCACAAGUUCUGAAUCGGCAUCUUCUAGUGCAGCAAUAUACGGCUCUGGUAUACCGCCUAAUACUGCUCAGCAACUUCGCGGCUGUACAAUUGAUAGUAACGAGACGCCUGGUAGCUCUAGAAAUAAAUUGAGCCAUCAAACUGGCCACGGCGUAAAAAUAUCACUCGAAGCUGACGAGAAAGCUAUGGGAUCAGACACAUUUAACCAGUCAAAAGAAGAGAGAGGAAAUCCAAAAAUUCCCAAAAAUAAAAGAAGAGAGGAUUGGAUUCCAAAGCCCACAGAAGAUCUGAACCUCGAAUCACCGACUAGCCCAUCUUUAGCUUACAAGACGGGAGCUUUGUCAAUGGGAAAUACUAAAUUAGGCGAAUUAUCAUUUGGUCGAUCUUCUCCAAUACCUUCCAAUUUUGAACAUGAUAGAUCACAUCAUGCUUCGGGGAAAAGAUCACAGCGAAAUGAUACUAGAAGAAGUUAUGUACUCGCGACAACUGACGGGUGGAAUUAUCGGAUGUGCGAUGUCACCGACAUUGAGUCACCAAGCGAGCUUCGAAGUAUUUUUAAGCAGAAACUAGGAUUCCAAAGUAAUGAUAAUGUCCAAAUUUUUAUAACUGACCUAGGUAAAGCAGAUCAUGAGGAACUCUUGGAUGAUCAGAAACUCUUGCUUUGCAGGCGAACAAGGGUAGACCAACCUGGAAGUCUCAAAUUUUAUUUAAAAGUUGACAACAAUCCUAAAUCUUCAACUUUUCCAUUACCUCCCAAUCUCGGAAUGCAGAAACCAAUACAAAAUAGCCGUCCUCAUGGAUCAUCUUCAGCCACACCGAUCGAUGAAAAAACCAAUGCUAGUCUCAGUGGAACAAGACGGAGAUCUAGCUCAUCUCCUCCUGCAACUGGGCCCAACUCAGCGAAGCCCGAAGAUUCAGGACUAAGUAAAUUAUCAUGGGAGCCUUCAGGAGACAGCCUUCGGGAUAGGUUAAUGAUGUCUAGAUUAACACAGCUGGACGGAGGAGAGCGUCAGAUUCCUGAAUAUGAGAGGCAGGCUUUUAUGGAAUUAGCAGCUAGCGAACAUAAAGCAGAGGUAGAAAAGAGACAAAAAGCCUAUUUAGCUAAGAAGAAGGCAAAUAAAGAGUUCAACGAGGCAGCUUUUUCAGAUGGAACACUGGGCAUCGUCGGUAGGAACGUGGACUUUGACCAGCCUCGAAAUUCUCCAUUUGAAGCUCGUCUGCACGACGGUUUACUUCCACAGAGAAAGCCUCCUUCACCUCCUAACGAAUCGGCAACGCUACUCAAGGCUAAUUCUCUACUUCAAACAUCUUCUCGGCAAGGAUCGCAGCCUACUACAAUUCGAUCUGUUCUCAACAAUGAAAGCAUAAUUUUUACUGAUGAUGAUACACCAUACAAACCUCAUGAUAUUGCCGAAAAUAAUAAAAAAAUAUCUGCAACAUCUUCGUCGCAAACAAACAGUGCUAGUGCUGCGACAGCCCCCGGCAUGGGAAAUCGUCUCGGAAGUGCGGCUCAUCUCUACCCGAAUGAUCCUUACUCGAAUGAAAAUAGAUCAUUACCCGUCUCAAGCGGUACAAGUGAGAGAGGUAGAUCUUCCUUAUCGUACGCGGAUUUUGCUACCGGUGGUUCUGGUAGGAGCAGCCCGAGAUCAGUCAGUGGUACGCCUGGUAGCACGACCUGGGGCAAAGGGGACACUCCAUUCAUUAUACCUGACUACAGAGAUGACGCUAAUAGUGAUAACGAUAUUUCUCUUCCUCUACAAAUGAAUGUAGAAACCACCACUCUAACUUGCGGAGAGACACUAGCGGAAGUAGAGAUUAGUCCUAGUAGUGGCAGUCCAGAUUCUGCCAUCGAAGAUUCUUCGAUAGACCGGAGGUCAUAUGGUCCAAACCUGAACUUUACUGAGCCGAAUAUCGGUUUUAGGAAGCCAAGUCAAGAAAUAACGAUGGAUGAGUCAGAUGAUGACUCUGAUGAUGGUCUUUUUGCCGUCCCAAUAUCUUCUCGCAUACCUCAAACCAAAUCUAAUAUGCCAUGGUUGGAUGCUGAGGAAAUAAUUAACACUAAGGAAGAACAAGUAGUCAAAAGACCAAAUUUGACGAUAAGAACCUCGAGAUCUAAAAAAGGACUGUCCGUAUCUUUUAAAUCACCACAGCCAUCAAGUGGGAGUGGGCCUGGCAUGAAUUUCCAUGGAAAUGACUCCGUCACAGUCGAUAGCUCUAAGAAAGAUGGGCAAGUGUCACAAAAACUCCUAUCUAGUACUAAAGGCAGUUCGGUCUCGUCCGAGGGAGAUGGGACUGCUGAUGUAAAUGACGACAUGGAAGCAAAACUAAUGCGUCGUAAAUCUUUCGCAAGGGAAGAUGUCUGGGCAAAUAGGCCCCCUGCAGAGGCUUUAAUAGACCACCUUGAUGCUUUCUUCCCCAACCUUGACUUAGAUCAGCCCGUAUUGGAAGAAGGCCCAGGUAACGGGGAACCUACAUCGCCUGAUCAGGAUCUUGAAAGAAAUGAUCGUCUUCCCACAUCUCAGCCGGGAACAUUUGUUGAUGGAAUUUCUUCAGCUGUCAAAUCACGUUCAAGCCCUGCUUACAGUGAUGGGCGUAAUCCUACAUCUGACGAAUCUACCCUUAAAGCUCUUGAGAGGCCAAGCUCUAUCCAAAGUGUCGCUCAGCGAAAUAUUCGACGUCCAGGUGGUCUUUCUCGUAUGAAAUCUAUCCGAGAGGUUGCAAGGGGUGCACACGAAGCCAGCAAGCGAUUUACAGCCCCAGCUCCUUCGGGUACCAUGUCAAGUGCAAUUCUUCGAAGGAAAAGCACGAAAAUGUUUGGGGCAAAUAUUGUGCAGAUUAAACCCGAACGUGGAAGUAUGAUUCUUCCCCAGAUUCCACAAGAUUCUAUACCGAAACGUCAGGCCACAUUUCGAUGGUUCAAAGGCCAGCUUAUCGGUAAAGGUACCUAUGGUCGAGUCUACCUGGGAAUGAACGCAACUACUGGUGAAUUUUUAGCAGUGAAACAAGUCGAAGUUAGUGCUAAAGCUGCUGGGCAUGACAAAGAGAAAAUGCGUGAUAUGGUAGCCGCUCUUGAUCAAGAGAUUGACACCAUGCAACAUCUAGAUCACGCUAAUAUUGUCCAAUAUCUUGGGUGUGAACGGAAAGAAACAUCUAUCAGUAUUUUUCUAGAAUAUAUAUCAGGUGGGAGUGUUGGAAGUUGUUUACGGAAACACGGAAAAUUUGAAGAAAUAGUUGUGAGUUCCUUGACAAGACAGACAUUAUCAGGGCUUGCUUACCUGCAUCGAGAAGGAAUUCUUCAUCGUGAUCUGAAGGCUGAUAAUAUUUUGCUUGACCUUGAUGGAACAUGUAAAAUUUCCGAUUUUGGAAUAUCAAAGAAAACAGACAACAUAUACGGUAAUGAUGCCACAAAUUCCAUGCAGGGAUCAGUGUUUUGGAUGGCACCUGAGGUUGUCCGUUCUCGCGGGCAUGGCUAUUCUGCCAAGGUUGACAUAUGGUCCCUUGGAUGUGUCGUACUUGAAAUGUUUGCGGGGCGUAGGCCCUGGAGUAAAGAAGAGACCGUUGGAGCAAUUUAUAAGCUCGGCAGUCUCAAUGAGGCGCCUCCAAUCCCUGAUGAUGUCGCAGAGGCCAUCAGCCCUGUUGCAGUUGCAUUCAUGGCUGAUUGUUUUACCAUUGACCCUUCGGAACGUCCUAUAGCCGAUACGCUUUUUUCGCAACAUCCCUUUUGCAAGCUGGAUACUAAUUACAACUUUUUUGACACCAAUCUCUAUGCCAAAAUACGAGGAGCAUACUAG